AUGACAUCUCUGAAGUUGAAGCAGACGACCUCUUCUCAGCCAAGUGCAUCAUCAUCCCCGGUUCUCAAGGCGGAUACGGGAUUAAGUACGGCGCAAGCUGUUGCGCCACCAGCGCAGCCCAGUGCCAAGAAGGGAAGAAGAAGAACAAAUGGUCAAAAUCUGCGUCCUCUACGACCGUUGAUGAUACGCGAUGAUCGUACGGAUAACGCGAAGCUUACCGAAGGGGAGGCGUUUCUGCUAGAGGCGAGGCUUAACAUGGAGCGUCGUGGCUUUAAUCAGGAGCCAACAAACAACAACAUGGAACGUCGUCGUAGUGACUUUGCUCUGCAGCCGAGAGACAACAACAUGGAACGUCGUGACUUUGUCUUGCAGCCGAGAAACAACAACAAGGAACUGAGUGGCUUUAAUGUGGACCCGAGAAACCACAUCAUGGAACGUCGUCGCUUUGAUCUGGAGCUGGUUAACAACAUCAUGGAAGAACGGCGUGGCUUUAAUCUGGAGCCAAGGCAUAACAACAUGGAACUGCGUGACUUUGAUCUGCAGCCGAGAAACAACAACAUGGAACCGCGUGGCUUUGAUGUGGAGGCGAGUAGGAACAAGAACAUGGAAUGGCUUCGGUUUGAUCUGAUUGCGAGGCAAAACCACGUGGAACGGCGUGGCGUUGAACUGGAAGCGAGGCGUAACAACGUGGGAAGACGUGGCUUUGAUCUGAAUCUUCUUCCAGCAGCAGAAGAAGAAGUUAACCACCGUGACGCCGUAACGGUUAGUUUUCUCGGAGUGGUUAAGACUAAAGAAGAAAUGCAAGCCGCUGCUCAAGCAAGAAACAGAAGAUUGCGUUUAAGGCAAUCUAAGAAGAAGCUUCAGAAAAGUGCAUCUGUUUCUCCAAACAAGUAG